UUAUUUUCUUUUACAUUUUCCACAGUUCUCCGUUUUUGCCGCUGGCGGCCGAGAGUGCUCCAGUACGGGAAAACCCUGUCCCGUAGAAAAAAGUUCUCCCUCGUCUCAGCCGCAAGCAUCAUUCUUAUCCUUCUCUCGCCCAAUCUCCUCACGAAGAAACUAACCGAGAAAAUCGAGAAAACGGAGAAAACCGAGAAAACCAACGAAAAAGUCGUAGAGACAGAGCUGGACAGAUCACUCAUCUGCCCUAUCGUCAAGCCGGCCCAUGUCCUUCCAGAGCUAUCCACGAUAGUGGAGGUGUCGCCCCCUGUGUCGGAGUUUUUAGCUGGGCCCGUGAUCAACUCUCAUCCACACGGCUACGUCCACAACCACGAGAGAAUAUGCGAGGAGCGACAAGCUAGACUUCUCUUCGUCGUACCGUCCGCCCCGGACAAUUUCCAGAGACGAAAGGGAAUGCGGAAUUCACUCGUCAUGAAGUAUGUGAAAAACGACUCCAACAGCGCUGUCCUAUUGUUCUUUCUAGGCUUACCAAGGUUUGUCGGGCGGAAAACGGUAGAAAUCCAGAGCAAAAUAAAUGCCGAGCAGGAGAAAUACAACGACAUAGUCCAACUGAAUUUUACUGACGUGUACGCGACCACUGUGGUCAAAAUGGUGUCCAUUCUAAAGUGGGAGAGCACUUUCUGCUACAACGCCGACUAUGUCAUCAGGAUAGAUGACGACAUCGAAGUGAACGUCUCAGACGCCGUUGCAGUCGUUUUUCGAACCGGUGACUACUACCACAAUUUUCUUUUAGGCACCGUGAACACGGGAUGGGCGCCGAUAAGAGCCAAAGAGUCGAAAUAUUACGUGUCCGAGUUGGAGUACCCUCCGCUGACCUACCCACCGUUCGCUUUAGGGGGGCUGCAGGCCUACCCGCUACAGACCGCCCGACUUCUCUUCGAGGCUUCGCUCAGGCUGAAAACUGUGUGGUUGGAAGAUGUCUACAUCACGGCUUUGUGUGCUUCCAAAGUGAACGCCACCUUGCUGGCAGAUCCGGACUUUAAGUUCGUGCACGAAGCAACUCCCUAAUACAAGUCAAGACAACAAUUUAAAAGCUAGUGAUGUCACAUUUUCCCAACAGUUAUUGACUGUAUUACAUCAACGGCAUGGAAGUCCUGGUUCAUUUAUAUACCGAGUUGCAAAAGUUCUGUCACACCCACCUUAAAAGUACAAUAACUCAUUUACUAAUCAACAUAGCCAAGAGAAAUUUCGUACUCGCGAUCUUUAUUCAUUUUCUGCCGACAGUACGGAACA